CCUGCAUUCCUCUUACCGAGCCUUAUUUGUCUCCCUCUCUACUUUCUUUCUUACCCUUUACUUUUCUUCUAUCUGGCUAUGCCGUCAAAGAAGUCAAGAAAUACUGCCAACAUGUCAAUUGACGACGACAAGAGACCCCUCGACGUCCACGAUGCUCCCAUCGGCAUUAAUGACAAUGUCGACGAGAAAAAAGGAACUGCGGCCGAUCGCGCCGACAUGUAUCGUAUGGGCAAAACCCAAGAAAUGACGAGAAAUUUUCGCUUCUUGUCCAUCUUCGGCUUCUCUAUGAUUCUAAUGGCAUCUUGGGAAUUCUCUUUGAGUGUCUCGACUAUCGGACUCGUCAACGGCGGCACUGCUGGUACGAUCUGGAUGUUCUUUGUGUGCUGGAUGGGAUUUUUAUUCGUCAACACUUCCAUGGCCGAGAUGGCUUCAAUGGCACCCACGACGGGAGGACAAUACCAUUGGGUUUCCGAAUUCGCGCCAUCACAGUACCAGAAGCUCAUCAGCUAUCUCAUGGGAUGGAUGUGCGUACUCGGCUGGCAAACAUCAUGUGCAUCCUCUGCCUUCAUCACUGGCACCCAGAUUCAGGGCCUCAUCGUUCUAAAUAACCCAGAUUACGUCCCCAAGCCAUGGCACGGCACGCUACUCACCAUAGCUAUAGCUGCGUUCUCGGUACUCUUUAACAUCCACCUAGCCAGGAAGUUGCCAUUGAUCGAAGCUAUUAUCCUGGUCAUUCACGUCUUCGCCUUUUUUGGCAUCCUUGUUACCCUCUGGGUUCUUUCGCCAAGGGCUGAUGCCAAAGCUGUCUUUACCCAGUUCAGCGAUGGCGGAGGUUGGAAUAGUAUAGGAGGUUCGACGCUCGUGGGCAUUCUUGCAGGCGUUUUGCCACUGCUGGGUGCAGAUGCUGCUGUCCAUAUGUCCGAGGAGCUGCACGAUGCGAGUCGUACUUUGCCGCGUUCGAUGAUCAUGACGACUCUCUUCAAUGGUAACCUUGAAGAGGUCAUCACGUCUCCAACAGGCCAGCCGUUUAUGCAGGUUUUCUACAACUCGAUGCAGUCAGUAAGCAGUGCUACUGCCAUGGCAUCCAUCCUUAUUGUUAUGAUUGCCUUCUCCAAUCUCACCAUGGUGUCCACAUCGUCGCGUCAGCUCUUCGCGUGGCUUGUUCUUGAUCAAGAACAAACAUAGUCAGAAGGUGGCUGGGGUUGAUGGCAUGUCAACUGCCAAUAGCGCCAAUAUUGUUCAAUUUGAGGACAAUGGCACGAAGGAUCACUUGUGGAGUUUGCUCCCAGAAGUGAUCAAGGUUUGAGGUUUUACAAGUGGGCUACGUAUACUUAAUCAACUAUACUGUCUGAGAAGCGCCAGAAGAAAUAAAUUAAUUGAG